CGCAAAACUCGCAGGCACCAAUGUCUGAUUCAAGGCUCAUCUUGACGCGGCAUAUAUGCUAUGAUUAUUUCAUGAUGAUAUCAUGGAUUCUCUCAGGUUCCUUUCAGUACGAAUGUGGUAGGCCACGGCCCACCGAACCCCCUAUAUAAAUCCUACUAAGGAGCCUUCAAUCACCAUUCAUCUUACAACCAUCAUGUCCAACAUUCCAAAGACACAAAUUGCUGCAGUCGUUCCGUUUAAUGGAGCUGCUCUCGAAAUAAGAAAGGAUCACCCAGUCAAGCAACCUUCUGAGCUUGCCCCGGGCGAAUGCCUCGUCAAAUUAUCCUGCACUGGAGUCUGUCAUACGGACUUACAUGCCAGCAACGAUGAUUGGCCACUUCACGCCAGCACACCACUUGUUGGUGGGCACGAAGGUGUAGGGGAGAUCGUCGCCAUUGGGGAAAACACCGCCGAUUGUCCUGUGAAGAUCGGCGAUCGCGUUGGCAUCAAGUGGCUUGCGUACUCUUGCUUGAACUGCGAGCAAUGCCGAAAUGGACGAGAGCAAAACUGUCCUAAGGCGAAAUUAAGCGGUUUCAGCGUUGAUGGCACAUUCGCGCAGUACACAGUCUCAUACGUAUAUCAUGUUACCCCUAUCCCCAAGAAUCUAGACAGCAACGCCGCGGCCUCGAUACUUUGCGCGGGCGUUACCGUGUACAGAGCUCUCAAACACAGUCAUGCAAAGAUUGGCGAAUGGGUUGUCUUGCCUGGGGCAGGCGGUGGCCUCGGACACUUAGCGGUUCAAUACGCGGUGGCUAUGGGCCUCCGUGUUGUAGCAAUAGAUACAGGACUCGAGAAGAAGAAACUGUGCUUGGAGCUUGGAGCUGAAAAAUGGAUUGACUUCCAGGAGGAAAAAGACAUUGUCCAGGCUGUGCGAGAAGCCUGUGAUGGCGAGGGAGCACACUGUGCUGUCGUCACCACUGCGAGUGCAUCUGGUUACACGCAGGCCGUCGAUUACCUUCGACCUGGAGGAACACUGAUGGCAGUAGGGCUACCGGGUGAAGCAAAGCUCGAGGCGUCCAUCUUUUUCACUGUAUUCAAGAGCAUUAACAUCCUUGGUUCAUAUGUUGGUAAUCGUCAAGAUGCCGUUGAGGCUCUAGAGAUCGCAUCGAGAGGUAAGGUAGUAGUGAGGUAUGAGUGUAAGGGUCUCUCCGAGCUCAAGAAUGUUUAUGACGCACUCAAACAAGGCAAUGUAGCGGGGAGAAUCAUUUUGGAGAUGUCAAAAUGAACAUGAAUAUUGUUACUACAAAUAGCGUUAGUAUAAUCAGGAAACAAUACCAAGAUUGACAAGGCACCUAGCAAGAGCUUGGUUUAUCGGUACUACGGGAGUAGAUAAGGUAUGUGCCAAGUAUCAACGAUAGUGCAGUAAAGACUCGGAGGAUCGGCAAGAGGAAGUAUCACAAGAUAGCAAGAAAGGUGAAGAAGCUUAAUGUAGUUGACAAGAUACGGAUAAGGGCCGAAGCCAAGCCAAGCGAAAAUAUUGUCCUUUCUAUUAUAAUAGGUGUUUACAUAUUAUAAGAAUGGAGUAUUUUCUUCAAGUCCUCCGUCUAAACACCAGGGGAAGGCGGGUUGGU